AAUCUGAAAUUCUGCAGGCAAUCAAAGGUUGCGCUACUUACAUAUGUUGGUGGUUGUGUCGACGCAGUUGGUUACUAGUUUCUAAAAAGGGUGACACUGGAAUUUAUCCUCAGAGCAUCCAAAACUUUUUGUAUCAGUAAGGUCAACGUCUGUUUUCCGAGAACAACUGAUAAAUUUACCGACAGUAAUGUUUAAAACAUAACUUGACGUGAAUUCGUAGGGAAAAUAGACCUUUUGGUGUUAUUGUAAGUGGAAAGUAGACUAUAUAAUGUUAAAUUAAGCUAAGUUUAGGGCUUUAAUUUCGAGAAGCCUGUUUUAAUAGGGAGAUUUAGGAUUAAAUAUCUCACUAUUUUUAUUACGUGCUACAGCUAUUAUGGGGAACAAGAAAACAGUUUGGUACAAGAUCCCCUCUAUUCGCACCGAAUUUCCUUAUUAAAUGCUAGUUAAAUUUCCUCGUUUUUUUUGAGUUGCUGUAGGAAUGAAGAUAAAGUGUUAAAUAAUUACUUGACGUCAACGUAAAACAAUAACUAAUCAUGUACGGACGAAUACAAUAACUAUAUCCCCUAGACUGUCUCUGGGCACGUUAUACUAAAGAGCGAAGAGGUAUCGUCAAGUGAUCCUCCACUUUAUCUUGAGAUCUAUUUCCGCUGGUCUUUUGAACCGUAUAUUUCAUAGGUUUUCUUUAGUCUCCUGAUGUGCAUUUUAAAUAAAGGCUUUGUCAUUUAUCUAUUCGAGACAUUCAAAGUGUUACUAUCUACGUUUAUGGCUAACAAUGUCACUUGCUAUUUUUAGGUUAAAACCUAAAAUAUGGUAAUCAGUGGAAGUAGUCUUGAAAACAGAUUCUUCCAAAUCAGGGUGAUAAUAGUAUCACGUAGAAGUGGUGAAAGUUGACACAUUUAGCUAACAGUUCAGGCGACACUUUAGGUUGUAGUUUUAGACAGUAUUACAUCCUUCAGUGUGUAGUAGUACCUAUCCCUUCUUUAACUUUUAUUACUAGGACGUAACAGAAUUCGCCGGCGUUUAUUUAUGUCUUGGGAUGUAAACGACUGGUUAGUUCGGAAACUUCUAGUUUUAUAUUGAUAUGGAGUUGGGGGAAUAGAUUUUUAACCCAUCAAUCUCCCACCAAACUUUGUAUACUAAAACUUCAAAGGCAAACCAAUACAUACUCGAUGUAUAGUAAUCCUAUAGGGUUCAAAACUUAAUAUUAGCAUUUAGGCAUGCAAACUGCUUUCAUUCAUUACACAUGUCAUAUUCAUAUUUUUCCAUUGGCAAAAUUUACUUUUAGAGUUCAGGAAGGUGAAUUGGCGACAUUCAUAAUGCUGUUUAAUUACAAACGCGUUAAUUUUUACGUCAUCUGUUAAAUAUUGGUGGUGGUAUAGAAAAUGAAUGUUGAUGGUGUGAUUAUUGUUACUUUGUAAUAUAAUCUUAGUCAUUUCAGAGUCACUGAAAACGGAAAUAGAAGAAAUAGCUCUAAAAUCGGGAAUUGAUGUACGUGAUUAUGCUGCUCAAGUUGAAUCAGAGUUAACGAAAAUAGAAGAAUCACUUAUAAAGACAUGUAAAUUUCAUACAUUUAUUAGGUAUACAUAGAUAUAACGGUCAGUCCUGAAGUAGCUAGUUUGCAUAACCAAAUUAUCUCAUGUGAUGCUAUCCUAGAGGUUUGUUUCUUAUUUCUAAAGUAUACGUCCAUCAUAAUUAAGCGGAUAGAAAACAUACUGACUAAUUUUCAUGAAGAUUUGGGUGCCAUUAGCACAGAAAUCCAGGAUUUGCAAAGCAAAUCUCUACAAAUGAACACUCGGCUGCAAAACAGACAGGUUGUUCGGAGUAAUUUAAGCCAGUUUCUUUCAGAUAUGGCCAUUCCUGAAGAGCUUAUACGACAUAUCAUGUACACUCCUGUUACUGAACAAGAGUUCCUUGAAAACCUUCAUGAAUUAAAUCAUAAAAUGAAUUUCUCGUCAGAGCAAUCUAUGGUGGAUUACAAAUCAUUUAACGAUGUUAGUGUACUUCUAAAAAAGUUGAGAAUUAAGGCUGUUACAAAAAUCCGGGAAUUUCUGUUGGGUAAAAUAUACUCCUUACGUAAGCCACUUACAAAUUAUCAAGUUCCUCAAAACCAAAUGCUGAAAUUUCGAUUCUACAAUUCGUUCCUCUUAGCUCAUGAUCGAGAGAUAGCUAAAGAAGUUAGGGUGGAGUAUAUCAAUACGAUGAGUAAAGUUUACUACGCCUAUUUUAAAGCUUAUGGUGGUAAAUUAACCAAAUUACAACUUGAUACAACUUAUGAAAAAGAUGAUUUAUUAGGGAAAAAUCCAGAUAAAUACAAUUCUGCAUCAUCUACAUCCAGUCUGAUGUUCAAUUCAAUUACUAAUGUUACUAAUAAUCCAACCGUAUCAGUGUCUUCUAAUUCUGGAACACGUGUUGGACUUUUUGGAUUAAGUGAUCGUGCACUUCGUGUACUUGGUAAAUCGAAUCUAGAAAGUGCUAUUAUUUUACCACAUGUGGCCAGCAACGUGGAUGCUAAAUACCCUAUUGAAGUUUUAUUUCGUUCCAUUCACUACGCGCUUCUGGAUACUGCAUGUCGAGAAUAUUAUUUUCUGUCAGAUUUCUUCCUUCUUAGCACGGAAACUGAGUCUGUUGAUUCACCACCAUCUUGUGAUCAAAGUACACCCAAUCAAGGUCGAACUCAAAGUGGUGUAGCCUUAGCUCAUUUAUUCGAGCAAGUUAUGAGUCGUAGUUUAAGUUGGAUACAUAAAUUUACUGGGACUUUCAUGAUUUCUUCUUGUUCUCAUGAUGCAAUCGGUUUAUUAAUUUGUCUCCAGCUUUUACAUGCUUUGCUUCGUCUGGCUAAAGAGAGAGGGGUACCUGUGUUGGAUGAUUUUUGGGGUAAAAUGACUGAGACUUUGUGGGUACGUGUUACUGAUAGACUGGAUGUACAUAUAGCAUCCAUGCUGCAGUAUUUGGAUGUCAGCAGUUUUAGUACAGAUGCUCGUGAUAUUAUGAAGUCUAAUUUAUCCACUCUAAAUGUCACUAUACCUACAAAUGCUACCGGAAAUACCACUGUCAGUUUACACCCUAAAAUGUAUGCUCUUAUUCGUCCUCAUUGGAUAGCCAGACGUUAUGCUGAAUUAGCUGCUAGCCUACAUUCAAUCGGACAUCAAUUCCCUGGUACUCCACUUUUUGAUGACAGUAUGAGUAAAUCUAAGAGUUCAGAGAGUUCAAAUUUACAGUACUCUUUACACAAUGAACCAACAUUUCAACAAAAUCUUGCAAAUUUGAAGCCUGCUUUAGACCCUCGUAUCCUCAGUCGUUUGGCUCAAUUGCAAAAUCAAUUUGAACAUGUACUAAAUUCUCUAGCCAAAACAUUUUCACGUCCAAAAUUAGCACACAUAUUUCUAAUCAACAAUUAUGAUUUGGUUAUAAGUGUACUAACUGAACAUGGAGCUGCUGAUUCUUCCGAGGUUAUUCGAUGUCGUGAAGCUGUAGCGAAGCAUAUGACAUCAUAUAUCGAUGAAGCCUUGUCACCUUAUUUUGGUUGUCUGAUAUCUUUUGUUCGCGAUGUCGAAGCCAGAUCAACUAGUGAAAGUCAUCAUCUGUCGAAAAAUCAAGAUGAAGUAACCCAAAAUAUUCGUAGUGAGGAAGCUCGGGUAACACGAAUAGUGAAGGGCUUCAAUAUUGAUUGGAAGAAUUCGAUUGAAAAAAUACAUGAUGAAAUCAUGAUGGAGUUUGCCAAUUUUACCUUGGGGACACAAAUCUUUCAGGGUUUACUUGCUCAACUUAUUCAACAUUACCAUCGUUUUCAAAAAGUGAUGACACAAAGUCCCUACAAAAAUAUGCCUAUACGUAAUCAGUUGGUAAAUAUACAUCAGAUUACAAAUGAAAUGAAAAAGUGUAAAACAAACUUUUCUUAAAGUUAAUUGGAUACAUCUUGCAUAACAUUGUCGUCAUCAUCAUCGUCGUUUUGGUAAACAUUUCAAAUCAUUCCAUUUUGUCGUUUUGGUUCUUUUUUGUUGAAUUGUAUUUUAGUUAUUUCGUUCUUUAUCUAUGUAUAAAGUGUUUUUCGUGCUACUACAAUGUGCUUUGAUGAUUUAGUUGUUGUUGAUGUUUAUGACUGAUGAAUCUUUAUUUUCCAAGCCCUAUUCUCAAAGUAUGUAUCUAUAUGUUCUAUCCUUGUUCAGCUUUAUUUACGAUGUGUUUUAUCAUCAGUAUUUUUAUUUUAGAAUAAUAGUUUUUAAUUUUUUGUUUUGUUAUUUAUCUUUGCUCUAUAUUUCCACUUAUCUUGCUUUGCCCUACUAUUUGUGUUUUUUUAACUGUGGUUGUGCUAGUGUAAUACUUUUUGUUGAAAAAAAACCCAAUGAUUCAGCUGUUUGGUGUAUUGCAUAUUGUGUACCAAAUUAACACUAUUACAUGGGACUAUCAUAAAUAUAUAGCUUAGGAGUAA